CACAUAACAGCAGUACUCGUCCAUCAAAGACAUGGCCUUUCUCUGCCCCGUGCGCAUGCGGCGCGAUAAGAAGAAAGCCACAAGUGCGAGCAUUGAGAGGGACCUGCCUGCAGUGGGAGGCCUCGGCAUGGGACGUAUAACUGGCUCCUCCAGCAUUGAGACUCUGGUACGGGUGGGCAUUGAAAAGGAACACGGUCUCAGUCCAGACUCCAAAAUGGUUGUGCUGCACGACUUUACGCCCUGCGUAGACGACGAACUGGAAGUGAAGCGGGGACAGUUGGUGAACAUACUGUACAGGGAAAACGAUUGGGUCUAUGUGAUCGGUCAGGAUUCGCGGCAGGAGGGCUUCAUACCAUUCUCCUAUUGCGCCCCAUGCAACACCCAGCUGGCCGAAUUGGCCGUGAAGAAAAAACUCCCGCGGGAACACUGCCCGGAGCAGCCGAUCGAUGAGAAUAUGCCGCUCCUGGGCGCAGAAAACAAACUGGAUGCUCUCUGCGAUGACCCGAUUCCUGUAGCCAACGCCAAUGGUUCAUCCAACAACAUUGAGAAUAGUUUGCACGUCGAGCCAGAAUGCACGCCGUUUAUAAAGGAGCCAUCCGGACGGUGCAUUGUCCUGUACACCUUCAUAGCCCGCGAUGAGAACGAUUUGUCGGUGGAGCGGGGGGAAUUUGUGACCGUCUUGAACCGCGAGGAUCCCGACUGGUUUUGGAUCAUGCGCAGCGAUGGCCAAGAGGGAUUCGUGCCUGCCGGCUUCAUCUAUCCCGCCGACAGUGUGCGUGUCCUGCAGCAGCAGAAAACUCCGCUCAACGAGAACAACAUACAGCAUCAUUCCGCCCUGAAUGCCAUGGAAUCCAUUUUGCAGCAGGGCCAGCAGCCUCAGCCGCUGCAGCAGCAGCAGCAACCACAGCAGCUGGGUCUGGGCCCGGAUGACCUACGCUAUCAUGGCACAGAGCUGGUCAUGCUCUACGACUAUAAGGCGCAGGCUCCCGACGAUCUUUAUCUAUCCGUACGUCGGGGCGAUUGGAUAUAUGCCGAUCUGAACAAUCAGACGGUGGAUGGUUGGCUCUGGGCCUAUGCGCCCAAGACGCGAAAAUACGGGUUCAUUCCAAAGGCCUACGCCCGCCCGCCCGCCAUGACAAGUCUUUGAGCAGUGAAACCAGUUUGUUGAGUAAAUUGUGCCUUAGAUAUAUUUUUUGAUGUGAGCGUAAAUAUAAGAUAUUAUAUCUUGAAUUAUAAAUUGCCCGUAGACAGCACCUAAAACUA